ACGAGACCUGACUUUAGCAGCCGGGAACGGAAACCGAAACCUGCGGCAGCGCCUUAAAGGCGCGGUAGCGGCCGGGCCGCUGCGGAGCGGGCGGCGGCCCCAGGCUCAAGAUCUGUGAUGGAUUCUGCAGAAGAUAAUUUCAAGAAAGUGAUUCAUAAUGAUGCAAAUGAGAAUGUUGGUAAUUAUGAUAACGUUAGUGAGUGUAGCAACAGUGAGAAAAUAGGUUUCAUUCCAACAAAGGAAGAUGAAGAGACUGGGAGUACAAGUGACAGUGAUGAUGAGGAUGACACCAACGAAGAAGCAGAAGGAGCUGUUAUGCAGAUUCUUAAAGAAGGGGAAGACAGAGAAAAAGAAGUCGAAGAUCAACAUUACAGAAACACUUACAGUAUCUUGACCACUGAAGAAGUGACACAGCAGGCAUCACAAACUGAAGGCAAGGAUUUGAGAGUUCUCCAGCACAAACGUGGUUCCCAAAGAUGUGGAAAAAAAAAACAUGAUGAAUUUCUGGAGAAGUUGAGGCUACACAUUUGGUCAUCCCUAUUAAGAGCUCAGUAUGUCAGUCUGUUUAAAGACUUUGUUGAGUCUGAAUUCUUCGUAAUAGAUGGGGAUUCCUUACUACUUAUGUUUUCAGACGAGGAAACACAAUAUCUAAACUUCUUCUAUCAAAUUGAAUGCUUCCUGCAGGAUUUCACUGAAAAAGGAGCAAAAUACAUCAUUGUUUUCUUCAAGGAUGCAGAACAGAUGUACUUUCCAUAUCCUCGUUUUCUUUUCUUACGCACUGCAUUAAUAAAACACCUGAGGCAUAACACUGGCACCACUGUUCAUACAGAAUUUUCCAAUUGUUUAUCAUCUGAAUGGGAGAUUUUCCUCAAGAAAAGCUACCCUUACUUCAUCAUUGUAUCGGAUAUAGGAUUGACCUCUCUCCAAGCAGACUAUUUACAUAUUUUAAUGGCUCAUUCAUUGUCAAAGAAAAUCAAUGUUGUGCUUGCUUCAGGUCAGGAGUGUGAUAUUCUUAGAGUUUAUGGAUAUCAUGUUGAGAGUGUGUAUAAACACAGAGCAUUUUUUCAAAAGCAUGAACAAGAUCUGCGAUAUGCCUGUGCAAACCUAGUCGGGUAUCAAGAGCCAUCCAUGCGUCUGUAUGAACAUCUCAAGCUGAGCCCGAAAAGCAUACAAAAAGAGGUUCGCCAGGCUGUCCUUCUGUUGAAACAACUGUGGCCUGAAGGAUCUGACAUUCGGCGUGUGGUCUGUGUUCUUUCUUGUGCUGUGGGAUUAACAAUAUACAGCAACAUGUUGGAAAAUGCAGAUACUUCCAUGGGAGCAAAGACAAAGCAAUCAGCAAGACAGGGAAGAAGUAAACCCCUAUCUCCAGAAGAAGCAGCUGACCUCUGUAGAAUGCAAUGCCUUACAGUGGCAUUUCUUCUUCACAUGCCUCUUUCACAGAGAUCUCAGCUAAGGAUCCUGAAAUCCUGCUGGACUAAUCAAGUUUUACCGUUAAUAAAAAUGCAACAGUUGUGUAUGCAUUUUACUCUGACGCAGCUAAAUGAUACAAACGAUUGGAAGUUGGAUUUAACUUACCUGCCUGACUUAAAUGAUGAUUCACUGCUCAUAAAUCUUGCACAUUACUAUGAGGUCAAAUACACUGAAGGAUUAGAGUACAGAAAGGAAUUGGGGAAAGAAAUAGAGAAUGAAUACCAAUGCUUAUGGAACACUGUAACAAAAUUGGCAGUGAGUUACAGCUUUGGAGAUGCUUUCCCAAUACGAAAGACUUCCCAGCUAUUUCUUGAUGAGAAACAGACUUUAUUUAGAGUCAAUGAAGAAGAAAUUCCUAACAUUGGACUAAUCUCAGUGAAAUCUGAUCUUGUUGAAGAGUAUGCUGGAGAUGUUUUGAAAUAUCUACCUGUUUUAGAAAGCAAUGAUCCUGCAGUUACUUCACUCAUUAAACACAAGGAAUUUCAUGAGCUCCGUCACUGGCAUUCUGGCCGACCUUUGACUGAGGAAUACGAGCGAAUACAGUGCAAUGCUGAUGAUCCAGAAGAAAGAAGACAAAUACAAAAAUUACAGACUUUUCGUCAUUUUUAUGGAAGCACUUUGGAAGACAGCAAUUCAAAACUUAUUGUACAUCAAGAGGAUGUGUCAAGGACUGCUAAUGCUGCUGUCAAAAAGACACAAAAAAAGCAUAAAAGUAAAGCGGAAAUGAUUGCAGAGGAAAACAAGAGGCGACUACAAACUAAAGAAGAAAAGAAAGAGCAGGAGCAGUGGGAAGCCUUGCGCAUACCAACUGAAAAGGAAAUAAAAGCAAAUCUGACUGUUGGAAUAAAUAAAUUGGAGAAGUUUCUCAAGACCCUUAAAAGUAAAUCUGUAAAAUUCAGCGUAGAAAUGACAGGACUUUCUGCCUGUUUAGAAAUGUGGAAGGAACACUGCAGAAAAGAAGGUAGCCAAUCAAAAGAUUUAAGUAAAGCUGUUCAAGUCAUGAGGAGAAUUCAUAUCCUCCUUGAAAAAUAUCAUGAUCUCUUGGAGAAACAACAUCUACAAAAGCUGACCAGAUAUCUAAGACUUCUUGGAUUUGAGAAUUUGGCAUGCACUCUAUCUGGCCAGACUGGAGAAAGUAAUGAUCAAAAUAUAAGCAAAUAUGCUAUCAAAGUGGGUCCAGCUCGCUUUCAGCUACAAUACAUGGAUUAUUACUUGCUCAGAGAAGAGAGGAAUGAUCCAGAUCCCCGAGUGCAACAUUUCAUACCAGACACAUGGCAGCGAGAACUUCUUGAUGCGGUGGAUAAUAAUGAGUCUGCAGUGAUUGUCGCUCCCACUUCAUCAGGAAAAACGUAUGCAUCAUACUAUUGCAUGGAAAAAGUUCUGAAAACGAGCAAUGAUGGAGUAGUUGUGUAUGUUGCUCCUACAAAGGCUCUUGUAAAUCAAGUGGUGGGAACUAUAUACAGUCGAUUCACCAAGAAACUUCCAGAUGGAUUGGCAAUGUGUGGAGUCUUCACGCGAGAUUAUCGCAAUGAUGUCAUGAAUUCUCAGAUACUGGUGACUGUGCCUCAAUGUUUAGAAAUCUUGAUGCUGUCUCCUCGUUGCCAGAAAUGGACCAAACGGAUACAAUAUGUCAUAUUUGAUGAGGUCCAUUGUCUUGGCAGUGAAAUUGGAGCAGAGGUUUGGGAGCAUCUUCUGGUAACAAUUCGGUGUCCGUUUUUGGCGCUCUCUGCUACUGUCAGUAACCCUGAACACCUAACUGAGUGGUUAAAAUCUGUGAAAAGGUAUUGGCAACAUGCUGACAGUAUAAUAGAAGGAAGCUCUGUAAACUCUGAAGAGAACUUUACAAGAAAAUUUAAAGGGAAAUCUAAAGUGCAAGGACAUAAGAAAUCAUAUCGUGUUAGACUAGUCUUGUAUGAAGAAAGAUACAACGAUUUGGAAAAGUACGUGUGUUCUCUAAAGGGCAGUGAUUUUAUGAUUGAACAUUAUCAUCCGUGUGCUGCAUUAACAGUCGAUCAUAUUGAGAACUAUGGUAUUCCUUCAGAUCUUUCUCUGUCUCCACGAGAGAGCAUCCAGCUUUAUGACACAAUGGUGAAAGUCUGGCAAGAGUGGCCAAGGGCACAGGAGCUAGAUCCUGAGGAAUUUGUCUCUUUCAAGAAUAAAGUAGUGAUAAAAAAGCCAGAUGUGAGGAAAUAUGAACAGGAACUGAAGAAAGAAUUAAGUGAAUGGAUUGUGCUUGGCCAAAGGCAGAAGGUGAAUGAGUUAUUGGAGCACCUUAAGCCAAAACCUGUGGAUUGCUCAGAACAUGAGAAGUGGAGGCAUCUUGCAAGCUUUGUUGAUAAAUUAUGGGAGAUGAAUCAGUUGCCCGCCAUAUUUUUCAUAUUUAAUGUGGAUUCAGUGGAAAAUGCAGCCAAGAACGUAUUCUUCAAUUUGCUGAAAAGGCAAAGAAGUGAACGAGACCCUAAUACCGAGAGCAAAAAAGAGCGUUUAAGGGAUGAACUAAAAAAAGUGAAUAAAACACUAAUAAAAUUCAACCCUCGGGAUACCAAAAAGAUGAGCUCCAGUAAAAUCGAAAACAUUCAACUUCUUUUGACAAAAAAAAAACAGCUAGAAAAAAGACUUAAAAGGCUAACUGCUAUCCCUUCUGGGUGUACUUAUGCUGAUCCUAAAGCAGUGGAUGAAGAUACUUUAAGGAAGAUUUUUGGUCGACUUAGGUUUGAGAGAAGAGGUUAUUUACAGCGAACUAUGGCACUGAGGGGCAUUGGAUAUCAUCAUGGAUCUAUGACUGCCAAAGGAAGACAAGUAGUGGAGAUGCUUUUCAGGCUGGGAUAUAUCAAGGUAGUCACAGCUACUUCAACACUUGCUCUGGGAAUCAACAUGCCAUGCAGAUCUGUUGUCUUUGCUGAAGAUUCGGUCUUUUUAGAUGCCCUAAAUUACAGACAGAUGACAGGACGUGCUGGAAGACGAGGACAAGAUAUGAUUGGAAAUGUGUUCUUCUACGAUAUCCCACUGCCCAAAGUCGAAAGACUUAUCAAAUCCAAUGUACCUCAGUUGAAAGGGCAGUUUCCUCUGACUCUUUCCUUAAUAUUGAGACUCAUGCUGUUGACCUCAAAGGCCGAUGACAAAGCAGACGCCAAAGCAAAGGCAUUGUCAGUGUUGAAGCAUUCACUGAUGUCGUUCAGAAAAGAAAGAUAUGCUGAAAUAUUAAAAGUCUAUUUUAUGUUUUCCUUGCAAUUUCUUAUCAAAGAGGGCUACUUGGAUCAAAAAGGUAACCCCAUAGGAUUUGCUGGACUUGUGACGCACUUGUACUAUCAUGAACCCUCAAAUUUUGUUUUAGUGAGCUUUCUUGUGAAAGGUUUAUUCCACAAAUUGUGCCGGCCAAUUAAAGGCUCAACUGUUUUUUCGGAAGAUGUUCUGGAAAAGCUAGUGCUCAUUCUCGCAAACCUAUUUGGGAGAAAAUAUCUUCCAGCCUGCUCAAUGAAGUAUAAACACAGAUUUUUCCAGUCAAAGGUCUUUUUAGAAGAUCUGCCAGAAGAGUUUGCAGAUGCUGUAAAUGAGUACAACACCAAAGUACAGGAAAAUUUUGCUCAUUUUCUUCUGACAACUGCCAGGCUGGCAAAUAUGGAACAAGAAUACAGACUUCCACUGUCAAAGACAGAUUUUACAUCUAAGGAUUGGCACGGCUCUGAGCUGGCAUCUUAUUUGAUGGACACCACUAAAAGCAUAUCUGCCAUCUCACCUUUCGCAUGCUUAUCUGGAGUGGCUGAUAACGAUCUAUUUCAUGGGGAGAUCAUUGAUAAAGCUGUCUUACAUUCCCUUGGAAUUAAUGUCACAAAUUGCCCGCUGUUUUAUUUGGAAAAGUACGAUAAACAUGGAAGAAGAAUGCCACUCAAUGCUUAUGCACUGGACUUUUUUAAGCAUGGCUCCUUGGUUGCACUGACAACUGACAACUGGUUAAAUGAAGGAGAUGCUUACUACCUACUCAAGGAUUUUUCACUCCUCAUUAGAUCUAUUGGAAUGUCACUGAGUGAACUGUGUGAUGAUCCAAAUGAUCAUGUUCUACUGGCAUUUCAACAACUGGGUAAAAUCUACCAAGAGAAACUGAACUCUGCUACCUGAAGAAAAAAGAAAAACAAACAAAAAGGCAGCAGUACAUGAUACACUUACCACACGUAUCAGCUGCCUUUUAAGUAAGGAAGUGACUAGGCCUGAGUUAUCUAAUAUGUUUCAUAAUAAAGCUGUAGUAACAUCCAAUAUCAGGAACACAAAGGUUACUUUAGAAAAUCAACCUUCACACAUUGACAUUUUGGCAGCUCCAAUGCCAACUCAAUAAUUGUUUCUAAUAGAUUACGAACUAGGUAAUUGCGCUUGUCUUUCCAUUGCACUUUUUUUUUCAGAUAGUGAUAAAUACAUUAAGACAGUUCAGAAAUAUACUGAACAAAUGCCACAGUUCUGGCAGCUGGUGAGAUCAGCCUCUCAGCAGCACAGCACUGGAAACUUUCACACAAUUUGUGGAGGAUGUUCAGCAAUUACUUUGACAAUUAUAGUCAAAUAAAUAAUUCUAAUUAUUUUUUUCAAGGUUUCUAUUAGGUUAUGAGAUAGUACCUUAAUGAACCAUUAUAAACGCUUAAGCUGGUUUGCAAUUUUAAUCUAAUAACUUCUAUGUAUAAAGAGGGUUUUAUAUUUGUGUAAUGAAGUUUGAUUAAUAAAAUGUUCCAUCCACA